AUGCACAAUGCAAUCGCAAAGUCACUUAAUCUCCCUUGGACAUUCUACGCCACGGAAUGUGCGACAAUCGACGAUCUCCUCACAUUGGCCCGGAAGGAGUCGACAGCCGGCUUGGUGGUCACAAUGCCAUACAAAAACACAAUCAUGUCCCGCCUUGAUGCACUCGACGACCUGGCCGAGACCAUCGGCGCUUGUAACAACGUCUAUCGAGAUGCCUCAAAUCCUCAAAAGCUUCGUGGUACAAACACCGACUGGCUCGGGGUCAAAGGUUGCCUGCUCGAAAAGGGAGACCAACCGGGCCCAGUCCUGAACAAACCGGCUUUGAUCAUCGGCGCAGGUGGGGCAAGCCGAGCGGCUGUCUUCGCACUGCACACAUACUUCAAGGCUUCCGUCAUCUACGUUCUGAAUCGGGAUGAUGGGGAGGUUGCCGAUCUCAUAUGCGACUCGCAACGUUUAUCGCCUUCGCCAAGGAUCAUCCACGUCAAAGAAGGGGAGUCAAAGGAUCUUGAGACCUCCUAUUAUGUCGUUGGCACGGUCCCGGACUUUGAGCCCAAGUCUCAAGAAGAACUAGCUGUUCGCGCAUCCUUGGAAGAUUUCUUGUCGAGAACGGAGAAGGGCGUCUUACUGGACAUGUGCUUCAAACCUAGGCGGACGCGAACAAUCAAGUUGGCAGAAGGUCUUGGGUGGCCUUGUGUGGAGGGAACGCAUGUUAUCGGCUAUCAGAUCGAGGAGCAGUGGAAACUGUGGGCCGGAGAGGAGAGAGUGAAAGGUUUGGAUAAGGAGGGCGCUUGGAAGGUAUUGUUGGACGCUGCCGAUAAAAGUUCAGGUAUCAACUUUUGA